GGUACGAAGAGCCUGUCACGGAUGUCGUGGCGCCUGGGCCUUUUUUCAUUCUGGUCUUUUCCAAGCUAGGGACUGACUGUUUGCCUGAGAGAAAAAACAGAGUACACAUUACAGAUGUGACAGCUUGACUUUUUGAUAUGGAGAAGAAACAAGUUUCAAAACGUUUAUAUGUUGGAGGGCUUGGCCAUACAGUUUCUAAGGCUGAACUGCAAGAAAGAUUCAGCAAAUUUGGACGUGUUUUAAAUGCAGAGAUUAUCACCAGGAAGGAUGAACAGGGGAACCCUACGAAAACUUUUGCUUACAUCAGUGUCAGCAUUUCUGAAACAGAUCUUAAAAAAUGCAUGUCUGUUUUAAAUAAAACAAAAUGGAAGGGGGGGACGCUACAAAUUGAGUUGGCCAAAGAAAGCUUUUUACACAGACUUGCCAUGGAGAGAGAGGAAGCAAAGCUGCAGAGAGAAAAGCCACAGAGAGAUGACAGAAGAAAUCUAUUAGAAUCACUGAAAAAGGCUGGAGUUGUAGAUUUUCACAUGAAAGCAGUACCAGGUACAGAGGUGCCGGGUCAUAAGAAUUGGGUUGUUGGUAAAUUUGGCAGAGUGUUACCUGUCCUUCAUCUUAAGAGUCAACAAAAAAAUAAAGUUGUGAAAUACGACCCAUCAAAAUACUGCCAUAACCUUAGAAAGCUGGAGCAAGACUUGACAUAUGUAGUUCCUGUAUCCAAGCUCACUUGGCAUUUGGAAGGGAGAGAAGACAGCCUAAGCAAGAAGCGACAAGGGGAGUUCCCUUUAACAAAGAAGCCCCCUAAAAAACUGAGAAAACUGGGCCGUAAGGAUCUGAAUGGAACAGUAGUUCUCCCCUCUGGGUGCCAGUCACAGUCAAAAAAUAUAAGCUCAUCACAGCUAAUUCAAAGAUCAAAAUCCAGAUCCAGUGAGAUGUCUAAAUUACUUCCAUCAAUCAGUAAAACAUCAGGGGGAGAUUUACUAUCACGUAAGAACAAUGUUCCUAGAGUUACAUCUCAGAAUAUAAUGAGUGUUUCUGACAGUAACUCUGAUUCUGAAGAGGAAAUCAGAGCAAUGGUAAAGAAAGAGAUAAGAAUACAGAAAGCUGAAACAAAUGUUGAGACUGAAAGUGACCACUUGGAAAUUGUUGGGGAUGACUUUGAGCUAAAAUACAAUACUCACUGGUCUUUAGACAAUCCGGAUACCAUGAAGAAAGUCAUUAAAGGAAGUAGUAGUGGGGAGAAAGAGUCCGUGAAACGUGACAAUGGUUAUGAUUCAGCAGAUACAGAUGAAAUUAUUGCUGUGAGUAAAACUCCUGAUCUCAGUAGCAGGAAAACUACAAUUUUAGAAGACUCAAAACAGGAAAAAGUGGGAAAAAAAGUUGAUAAAGCAAUAUUAACUAAUAAAAAUUGUGAUUUGGUAAAUGACUCCUCACUGAAAAUGCACAAUUUAAGAGAAGAAAACAAUGAAAGAGAAGGGAAAAACAGAAAACCUAAAAUAGCUGCCUUGCGGAGUACAACAGUUAACAGUACAGAUAAGACACGUGAUGGUGAAAGCUCUUAUUCAGAGUCUGAGGAAGGGGAAUCUGAUACCAGUUCUGUUUAUGAAUCCAUGAUGCAAAACUGCUACCGUCUAGACCUUACAUUAGAUGACUUAAAAGCUUUAGCUGCUGAAAACACUGAGACUUCAGUAGAAGAUGCAGGUAGUACGCAGAGUUCUAGUCAGUGCAGUGUUAAAGAAAAUACUAAGGGCGGUGUCACAUACAACAAAACACGUUCUAAAAUUCCCCCUGCACUUAAAAAAAAAUGUAUCUAUCCUGAUGAUAUAGUUGCUGCCCUUUUAGAGGGGGAGGAGAAUGCUGAUGGAGAAAGCUCCACAGGACAAAAUAAUUCAGGUUUGAGGUAUCAGCCCUUCAAAGGAAUGGGAUCCCUUUGUGAAAAAGAGCUAACUAAGGAGAGCACUGGUUUAAAGAAGAGAUCUGUAGGAAAUUUAGAUUUUGAAGCUUGUUCUUCUUGCUCUGGGAAAGUGUCAUCUGCAUCUAAGAACACUCCAUUGCAUUCCCCUGAAGUCAGCACUGAAAAGAAGCAAAAUAUGGGUUGUGGCCAGCUCAAGGAAUUGUCAGAUGCUGCCAUCUUAGCAGAUGAGAGCGAUCAGCCUAUUUGCAGGCCACACUUGCAAGGAAAGAGCAAAUACAUGAAUUCUCAGCAAGAAGACCAGAAGUCAGCGGGCGGAGAUGCUGUUCCUAGUGCUGAUGAAAGUGAGGAUGAGAGCCGUAACAUGGACAGUAGUGCUCCCAUGUCACAGGAAGCCAUUAAAGGACGGUUGAGAAGUCCAAAAUUGCUUUCAAAGCAACUGAAGAGAGAUGUAAGCAACAAGAAUGGGAAGACAAGUAUUGUGGAAUCUAAGGAGCUUUGUUUUCAUGCUACUGCUUCAAAGGAGCCUGAUACAAAAAAGAAACAGUUGCAGGAUAACCAGAGGAGGCUGGCAGCUUUAGAAGAGAGGCAAAAAGAGAGAGAGUUACAGAAGAAACUCAUUCAAGGAGCUCUCUCAAAUCUGGAUAGCCAGCCAGCAAGCGUGCAUAAGCACAUCAUAUUCAAUUCAGAUGUGGAAAGUGAAGCUGAAGUGGGUGAGAUGUCUGAGAAAGAUGCAAGUUUGGGAAAUAUGCUUGAAAAAAAUAAGGAAUCUGCUCCUAAAACUUCUGGAAGACUGUUUGAAAGCAGUGAGGAUGAACAAGAUGAUACAGAUGAUGAGAGAUUCAAAAUUAAACCCCAGUUUGAAGGCAAAGCGGGUGAAAGACUCUUGCAUUUGCAAUCACGAUUUGGUACAGAUAAAAGAUUUCGCUUGGAUGCUCGAUUCCUUGAAAGUGACAGUGAAGCAGAAGAGACAGAGAUACUGGAGACAGAGGAAGAAGAGCUUGCUGCAGAGAAGAAAAAAAAUCUGCAAAUACUGGGGAACCUCUUGAAUAUCAACCUAGAACACUCUAAGCCAACUAAAACGGCCACAAAUGCUAAGAAAUUCAAAGAUAUUAAUGCCCUUCGCUAUGAUCCUACAAGACAGGACCAUGCAGUUUUUGAAAGAAAACCAAAUGCUACAGAAAAAGAGAGUAAAGCUAAAAGGAAGAGGAAGAGGGAAGAGAGUGAGAAACUACCUGAAGUGUCUAAAGAAAUAUAUUAUGACAUUGCUAUAGAUUUAAAGGAGUUGUUUGGAUCUUCAAAGAGUGAAGCAAAAAAGAGUGAAGUAAUAGCCUGGGACAAAGAUGAUGCAGAGGAGUCCGCUUCAUUGGGACCUAAUGUUGGCAGUAACGUAGCUCAGGAGUCUACUGGUUUCACGUUUUCCUUCUUCAGCGACAUGGAUGAGUCAGCUGUAAAAGAAGAGCCCUAUGAACUUGAAGCAAUAAAACCCGUAAAAGUCGCAUGGCAAGAAGAUCCACGUUUCCAGGACAGCAGCUCUGAGGAUGAUGAAGAGCAGGAGGCAUCAGAAAAUGAGAGAGACAAAGAAAUGUUUUUUUCUUUACCACAGGCAAAAAGUGCUAGAUUUUUCUUUUUCUCCAAAGAUGAUGAAAGAUUAAGAGAGGGUCCUAAAUUAUUCUGUAGAUCAGUAAACCUCAGCGAAGAAAAAGAUAGCUGGGAAAACAGACGUAGAUUGUUGCUUGAGGUGAGUAUUUUAACCUUUGUUACUUCAUAACUGUAGCUGGAAAAGAAAGCUCAGCCUGAGGAGGGAACAAGGCUGCUAAUUUAUUUAAUUUGCAUUAAAAAUGAAUCAAGGCGCUUUAGAAGGGUUAGAAACUUUAUCACUACCAGAGAAUUAUCCAGAUUUUUAAUACUGUAGUGAAUAUAACCUCAUGUUUUGAUGUCCAGCCAGGUAAGUUAUUGAACCUUUGUAGUGCACAGGAGCAAUUGCUUUACUAUAUGAAAGAAACAUAUUUAAAAGACAAACACAUGAUUUAGAAACUUCUCAUAAUAUUG